AUGGAGGUGCGGCAGCUGCUGACCGACGACCCAUCCGGCGGGUGGGACAAGGCGUGGCAGGCGAGCACGACGCCGUGGGACCUGGGCGGCGUGACGCCGGCUGUAGCGGCGCUUGUGGCGGCGCCAGAGGGGUCGCCGCUGCACCUGCCGCCCUCCAUCCGCCGCGUGCUCGUCCCCGGCUGUGGCACCGGGUACGAUGUGGAGGCGUUUGCAUCGAAUGGCAGGGAGGCUACGGGUCUCGACAUCUCUCCAUCCGCUGUGGCACAUGCAGAGAAGCGGGUGGAGGGGGCGGGCAACAGGGCGGCGAUGGCAUUUGAGUGCGCGGACUUCUUUGAGUACCGCCCUGCACAGCCCUUCCAUGCCAUCUUUGAUUACACGUUCUUCUGUGCGCUGCCGCCAUCACUGAGGGGCAAGUGGGGUGCUCUUCACUCUCAUGUUCCCCAUCGAUGGACACGAGGGCGGCCCACCCUAUGCCGUCUCCAAGGACAGCUACACGGAGGUGCUGCAGCCGCUGGGGUUCACGGCAGAGGAUCUGCCGACUGUCAGUGUGCCGCCCGGACAGGGCAGGGAGCAGCUGGCCAAGUGGGUGCGAGUGGGUGCAGCAUCCAAGGGUUUGGGGGUUCUUCUCCCCUUCUCUGCACCAAGCUGCUUCACACCUUCUCCUCUGCACCAGGCUGCUUCACACCUCCUCUGCACCAGGCUGCUACUCCCCUUCUCCUCUGCAACGUGCAGCUGCUACUCCCCUUGUCUGCACCAGGAGGCGGCUGCUUCUCUCCUACUCCCCUUGUAGGCACAAGGAGGCGGCUGCUUCUCCCCUUCUGCAACGUGCAGCUGCUUCUCCCUUCUCUGCACCAGGAGGCGGCUUCUCCUCUUAACUGCACCAGGCGGCUUCUCCCCUUAACUGCUUCAGGCAGCUUCACUGCUUCCCCAACACUGCCUCCCCAACACUGCCUCCCCAACACUGCCUCCCCAACACUGCCUCACCAACACUGCUUCCCCAACACUGCUUCCCCUUCACUGCUUCCCCUUCACUGCUGCUUCCCCUUCACUGCUGCUUCCCCUUCACUGCUGCUUCCCCUUCACUGCUGCUUCCCCUCCCCUUCACUGCUUCCCCCCGUGAACAAGAUAGUGUGGCACACAGGCAGUGCUUGUGCUGCAGCCUUCUCUGCACCAAGCUACUCCUCUGCACCAAGCUACUCCUCUGCACCAAGCUACUCGUCUGCACCAAGCUACUCGUCUGCACCAAGCUACUCGUCUGCACCAAGCUACUCGUCUGCACCAAGCUACUCCUCUGCACCAAGCUACUCCUCUGCACCAAGGGCUUCUCCCCUUAACUGA